AUGUGUCCCAAAGCAAAUACAACGAUGCAAAGUAAUCCAAAGAAGAAAUGUGUUCAUAUGAAGACGAGGAGGGCUGUUUCUCUCCAAGCAAAAAUACAAAAUGUAGUCAUCAUGUUACUGAGUCGACACUGUGAACUCGACGUCCGAAAACCAAGUAAAAUGUCACACGUGACAACUCAAUUUCAAAGUGUAAAAACGAUCAGAAUACAUGGUGAGGAAAUCGAAGUGAAAAAAGUUGUCAAAAGGAUAUGUGAAAAUAAAGCAAUUGAAAUGGAAAAGUGUGGAAUCAAAGAGGAAACAAUUAGCCGCCGCAUGCAGCCACUCAAAAGAAAAGAAACGCUUCAUUUCCUCGAAGAUUUGUUGUUUGAAUUUGGAAUUGUCGUGUUGAACACAAGAGAUGAAAGCGAUGGAGUUGUUGGUGACCCUAUAUUUUAUAACAUCAAUUCACAUACUUUGCUUUAUAAUACUCAAGAAAUCAUUACUUUGGGCCAGAAAAUUUCGGUUUUAAUCAACAAUAAAAUAACAAAAGGAACAACAACAAAACUCUCUGAAUUAUAUUGUAAUUAA